CUCUACAGUGGCGCCGCGCUUCGCGAAAGCUGUCUACACGGCCGUUUGUGCAGCUGUCAGCUAUAAAGUGCGCCCCACUGCCCGGUCGCCCUCUGUGCCAUUCUCGGUCCAUUAAGCCAAGCAGCAACCCGCCGUAGACGAUUCCCAGCCGCCAUGCCCGUAACUCUGUACAACUUGCCAGGCAGCCCGCCCUGCGGCUUCGUGCGCUGUGUGGCCAAGCACGUAGGCGUCGAAAUGAAAAUCAAGAACCUGGACAUGGAAAACAAGGAACACCUCGGUGAUGAAUACCUCAAGGUCAACCCUUUCCACAAAGUACCUGCCAUUGACGACGACGGCUUCGUUGUUUACGAAAGCAUAGCGAUCGCCUACUAUCUCCUGCGCAAGUACGCCCCAAAAUCGGAGCUUUACCCCGAAGACGUCAAAGCACGGACCCGCGUCGACCAGACCCUCGCCGCCCUUUCCGGUACUAUCCAUCCCCAGGCAGCGGUCUUCUUCCGCCCUCGCUUCUUUCUCAAGACGAAGGCCAGUGCUGAAGAAGUGACAGCUUACGAAGAAAAUGUUGUCAAGGGUAUCCAGAACCUCGUCGGGGAUGGAAACUACGCCGUCGGCAACAAGCUCACCCUUGCCGAUCUUGCUAUUGUCGCGUACCUCGUUCUGGCUCUCGAGAUCGACUGUGUCGACCAUGCCAAGUACCCGAAGCUUGUCAGCUACUACGAACGCAUGAAGUCGGAACUGCCUUAUUUCGAGGAAAUCUAUGGACAUGCGAUCUGCUACAUUAAGCAGCACUGGGCUUCGCUUCAGUAAACUAUGAAACUUACGCUAACCAACUAAUAAACGAGAAAGUUCAUGUCAUGACUGAAAAGCCGUCCUUAAACAGUGCAAUGAAAACCGCGUUGCUUGAAAGAUUUCUUCUUUGGGUUUACUUCGAUAGUGUCUCGUGACUGCCAUUGUGCACAAGCAGAAAGACCGCUGCUUGUCCUUUCGUUUUUUUUAAAUAAAUGUUUCUCCUCCUCCUC